AUGGCUCUGUCGCGUUCCAAAGCUAUGGAGCCUUUUCCAGACUUGCCGACGUCGGAGUCUGAUUGCAGCUUGCCCUCUGAUGAUGGGCCUGUUCUUUCUGAUUCAGAUCCUCUGUGCGCUGUUCGCUGGGGAUGCAGUUGCAAGGAUGGACCAUGCGUGUCCCCUCAGAGCUCUUUGGAAACUGCCUGCAAAGUUUUGCGUGAAGGGAUGUCUCAGUGUGAUGCUCAGCAACGCCGCCAGCGUCAAUGGCUUCUCUUACGUGAGAUGAGGGUUUCGCAGAAGGUGCCAGCUGGGCAAUACAUGAUCCAAGGAACUCCAGUUUGCAGGAAAACAUGGCAAAAGGCGCAUUUGAUUGGGUCCGGCACGUUGAAAGAGCUGGCGGCUGCUGUGAAUGCUGACGGACCGCCUCCUGAUGGUCGGAAGAAGGGAUUGAACUGUCAUCAUGGCGCCUCCCAGUUGUCUACCGGACAGCAAGAUGUGAACAAGUUUUUGUUCCAUGCCUAUAGCCAUUGGGCAAUGCACGUGCCGACAGAAGAUGGGUCCACCAUGGAACUAUCUGAACCUGGUGCCUUGCCUCUGGAGGUGGAGUGUGACAUCCCGCAGGAUGAUGAUAGCCAAAGAACCCACGAAGCAGAGCUGGCUGAGCCUGUGGUCGGUCCGGAGACUUCUGGCAAGUUAGAUUCCCGGCGCUACCUUCCACACUCCAGUUGGCAGGAAUUCUAUGAGAUGUACUGCAACUGGUCCGACAGCCCGGUGCACAAGACUUCUUUCCGGCGGCAGUACCUGAAGUCGGAGUUCAAAAACUUCUUGCGCAUUGCUGAUGCCAGUGACCACAACAAGUGUCAGACAUGUGAACGGCUCAAGGCUUUGCGCAAGAAGGCUCAGUGCGAAGUGCAGUUGAAACAAAUUCAAGCUGCGCAUGCCAACCAUGUGCAGUCAGUUAUGAAAGACCGUUCCUGUGAUGCCCAAUCAGAACAGCUUGGCAGAGACAGUGUGGGUACUACUUCGACCGGAAGUCCUUUGGUGACCAGGCAGAAUGCAGUGCUGAACUGGACACAAGACGCCAUGGACCAGGCGAAGUUUCGAGUUCCGAGACAAAUCGCCCAGGCGAAGGCUUUGGCACAAGCGUGGCGUCCCCAGCUGGCAGCCCACGGUUUGAUAUUUGACGGAGUGCCAGGAGGCAAAUUUUUGUUUUUGGUUGACCAGGACAUCGGAAAAAGCGCGAAUUUACAGUGCAGUGUGACAUCACGAGCGCUUCAGGUGGUCGCAGAGCGAUUGGUUGACCGUGGUGUGGAUUUGCCAAUGCACUUUCGGUGUGUCUCCGACAAUGCCACUGCUGAGACCAAGAACAACUGUUUUCUGAAGCUUCUCGGGGUGAUGGUGGGCCGAGGCAAUGUGACUUCUGCGGUCUUGUGCCAAGGCCGUGUCGGCCAUACCCAUAACCGGCAAGAUGCUUCCUUCAGCCAUGUGGCCACAGUCCUCAGCAAGGCCAAGGUGCUGCAAGAUCCCGACGAGUUCAAGGAGAGGAUCCACCAAAACCUCAUGGACUACCAUGUUGAGAGGGUCCAUGCUGUUAUGGAUUUCCAAACGUGGUUGAUGGCGGUUGGUACCCGCAUCACUGGCCUGAAUCAGACCAAAGAAGCUACCAAGAAAAACCUGGAGGAGCCUCAUGGUGGAGCGUGCAGUUCCCAAUCUUCUGGCCCUUGGAAUUCCGAAGUUGCAUGGCGCGCAGCUGCGCAGAUGGCACAGAGCGCAGCGCAUGACUACAUGGCAGCUGAAGCUGCAAAGCGGACAGCCCUCAAUGCUGCCAGAGCUGCGCGUCGAACUUUGAAAGAGGUUAGCAGGUUGACACAGGAUCUCGCUGAACGAGGAAACCAUGAGAUUGCUGGCAAACUUCUGUCUGCCAAGAUGAGCAGACUUCAAGAGGAUGAUGACCGUACCCUUCUCCUGGGCGGGGAGAUUCCUGUGACCAUGGUGCCGGAAUCGGCUGAGGCAGAGUCUACUUCACGUACCUUUCUGCCUGCAGGUAUGUCCAAUCCCAUCGGUGCAAAGAGCUCAGCCGCUACUGUCAUCGGGAAUAAAGCUGCGACCGGAAAACGCCCUGCUUCCACAGCGCCGACUGUCAUUGGCGCAAGCACUUUCAAAAACCGAAAGAUGCCCAUGGAUGCCAAGACAUUGCCAGCCAGUGACAUUGUUUUGCCUUAUGACACUGGUUCAGAUGACCCUGAAGAGCACGUUAAGGAGGAAGAGUACGAAGAUGUGGGGCCAGUGUAUGGGACACCUGGGACGCCCGGGAAUGAUUUUGAUGAACCCCAGUUUGAAGUCAUGUCCAAGCGGCGCAAGCUCUUGCUGCAAGGUAAGACCAUGUCCAAAGACACGACCAUAGCGGAAUACUCGUGGGCGCUUCAGUUCACCAGAAAGGUUUGGCGAAAGGCACGCCAAGGAAAAACGGAUGAUGGAUGGCCAACCUGGGUCCGUGAGCAGCCGGUUGUUCAGCUCCUCUUUGAGACUAUGCAGCCUUUUGUGGGUGAAGACUCCCAAGAUGAAAAAGAAUUGCAUGAAGCUGCAGAUGCUGAAGAGUCGCCAAAGCCUGGUGUUGAGGAGUGGGAAGAAUUGCAAUCGCAGCGUCGCAAAGUUAUUGCCCAACUGUCGGGGAAGUAUGUGGAAAUUUUGGAUUCGGAUGAUGAUCAGAAAGGUCAACUGGCUCUGAGGAGGGAGUUGCAACCAAAACAAAAGGCAAAAGCAAAGGCAAAGGCAGCUACUUCGAAGGCCAGUAGUUCUAGGAGCUCUGUCGCCAAACGGCGAUCCAGUGGGGAAGCAGCAGCAGAGGCUGAGGCUGCGCCUGAUGUCAAUGUACAGGACGCAUACUCCAUGAGAAGGCACAAGCGUAAGACCAGAGAUGGUUACAUACAUGCCUUUGCCAUUUACAGCAACACAGAGCAACGCCAGAGAGCGCAGUUGACUGACACUGCCCGGGAUGAUGCUGAAAGCAUCGUUGCAGACCAUGUUUCCAGUUUGAACAGUGGCAAGACCACAAUCAAAGAUGUGAUUUCUGAGCUGAAUGCUAUGAAGACGCUCGGUGUCUUCUGUUCCUGCGACUUUGAAAUCUGCAUCUAUAGGAUGCUGAAUUCUUUGUCCACACAGGAACUGAAAGAUGUGUAUGGGAUGGUUGCGCUUUCAGUGCCGUGGGUCGCGGUGGAGCUGGUGAUUCACGCCAUGCUGAUCAGGUACUAUGACGCAUUGGGGCAGCAACGUGUUUGCGGUGGUGCUGGUUUAAAGGGCACACAGGCGUACACCCCAGAAUUUGGCCGGGGUAUCGCUACGUGGUGGGCGACCCAUGCUUCCACUUCCGGGAGAGAAAGGAGAAAGUGGUGCAUGCUGCAGAGCGCACACAUGACAGUGGAUGAGAUAAAGGCAGCAAUCGUGAACUACAGCCAAAAGGCACACGAACACCAUUGCGAUUUUGCUGAUGGCCAUGUGAAAUCCUUGAACGUGCGUGCCCUGCGCCGGAGACAACGGCAGUGGUGGAUGGGUUUGGGCCAUGGUUUAUGCAUGCAUCAAAUCGGAGGUAACAACAGUGCUGAUCGUCCUGGAAUUUUCUUUUGUGGUGUCAGCCCAAGGCAAAAUUUGAACCUGUCGCAGAAGCUGCCGUCGAUGGAAGUCGGAGAUACGCUGGCUACACAAGCCACAGUUGCAGAAGAUUCACAGGUGAUGCUUUUGAUUUUUUGCUUGUGUGUCAGUUUCGGAAAAGAGUUCAGUUGCAUGAUUCCUUCAAAUGGCAAUUGCAUCCCGGAGGUGCCAACUGAGUCGAUGGACAUGAUGGAGAUGAACAAGAUAUGGGAACAACAUGAUCGCAUGGCCGAGGGGAUGACUCCACCACAUACCCCGCUGGGUGAAGGAGUUCCAGAUGUUGCUGCGCCAACAUCUUCUUCAGGUGUAGUGGCUGGUGACAAGUCAGCAGUUCCCAAGAAGCCAGACGAGUUUGUGCAGGCAACGCUGAAAGACAUGAAAGCAGCUACUUGGACACCACGUCCCAUUGCAACCCCCGUAACCUCAGCUAAUGAGAUGGCCAAGAUGCUAGCUGCGAUGGGCUGGACCGUAGCCGGACCCACUGGCAUAAAAGAAACUGCACCACCAGCUGUGAACCCAGCAGCUCUUGAAGAAGAAGCACCGGCUGCAGCAAUGUCAGUUGUGAAAGCAGCACCUGCUGCGCCCGUUGCAGAAAAAGCAGCACCUGCUGCACCGGCUCCAGAGGUUGUGAAAGCAGCUCCCGCUGUGAAAGCACCCGCUGCACCCGUUGCAGAGAAAGCAUCACCUGCUGCUCCUCCAGCACAGCCAAAAGCAGCAGCACCAGCAGAGGUUGUCAAAGCAGCUCCCGCUGUGAAAGCACCACCCCAUGCACCCGCUGCAGAAAAAGCAGCACCUGCUGCACCGGCACCAGGGGUUGUGAAAGCAGCUCCCGCUGUGAAAGCACCCGCUGCACCCGUUGCAGAGAAAGCAUCACCUGCUGCUCCUCCGGCACAGCCAAAAGCAGCAGCACCAGCAGAGGUUGUGAAAGCAGCUCCCGCUGUGAAAGCACCAGCUGCACCCGUUGCAGAGAAAGCAGCACCGGUUGCUCCACCUGCCCGAGAGGUUGUGAAAGCAGCACCCGCUGCACCGCUUGAACAGGUGGUGAAAGCAGCAGCCGUCGUGAAAGCAGAACCUGCUGCACCCGUCGUUGCAGAGAAAGCAGCACCCAGUGCACCUGGUUUCAUGACCCAGCCGGCCCAUGCUCCCCAGUCCACAGUGCCUUUGACAGCAGAUGCCCUGAGGCAGUUGCAACUGCAAAAGCAGAUGAGCAAUGCUGCUGGGUUGCAUGCUGCUCCACCGCAGUGUGAACAGAAGGAGUACACAAGGAGGGCAGCAGCCAACUUAAUCAAAAGGUUGAAGGAGAAUCCUUCAAGGAUGCAGGAGAUGCCAUCUUUACACAAGAUGGUUUUCGAUGACUCCAAGAAAUCAGAAUUGAUCAGCAUGCUCGUGGACAGCGACGGGGCUUUUGAAAAAGUUGGGGCUUCCUUGCAAGCCUUCGAGGAAUCAAGCCGGGGUGAGUACAACCGUAAGAGAGCACUGCGGUGGACUAAGAGGGAGGUGGAGGAAAAAUAUGGUGCUGACGCAGAAAAGAUCAUGAAGCACAAGCGUGAACAGGGGCUUGUGGAGGAUGAUGAGAAUUGCCCAGGUGGUGAGCUGUUUCUUAUCUCUCGAAGGGAGGAUGAGUGGGAGCAUGUUACGCGAGGUGGCCAAUGCGUGUCCACAGGAAGGAUGGAUGUGAAUCGAAGCAAUGCAGCUGACGUGGAAGCACUCAUGACAAAGCAGACCGGACAGAAACGUGGGCUUGGAUCACCGUCCACGCCAUCAUUGCUGGCAUCAGGUGCAUCAGCCCCAGGGACACCUGCUGGUGACAUGGCUCCGGGGCAAGACAAGGCCGCGGGAAAGGGUGAAGGACGAAGGAAAAAAGCCAAGGUUGAAGAACCGCUGACGGCACUUCAGAAAGGUCGUGACAUGGCGGGAAAAUUGCUCAAGAAGAAAUCGGACUCUGCCAACCUCGCCCUCACGCUCCAAAGCAUCCCCUAUGCAGAGCAGUUGUGUAAGGAAAUGCAAAACUUUUCCGGUCUCUAUGAGAAGCCCAGAAAUGAUUACAUCCCAUACGUCAAAGAGCUCUUGACACUGAACAAGGCUUUUGAAAAGCCUCACGGCGCGGCCACCGCGUCAGAUUCAACUUUGGAGCAGACGGGGCAAAAAUAUCGCAAGAAGAUGCAUGUGGAUGAUAUUGAUUCUUCUGGCAUGCGCAAUCUGGCAGAGAAAAUUGCGACCGGAAAGCUAUCAGUUGCUGCUGCUGCUGACUGUGCGUCAGCAUUUCAGAGAGAUGGAUCCAGUAAGGCUGGAGUAUUGAAAGAAUGCCUGGGAACUGACUCGGAUUGGGCCGAUCUGUGGCGCGCAUGUGGCUGUGAUGAGCAAGCAACGACUCAUGCAUUUUGCCUCUGGAAGGGCGACAUGGAAGCUCAUGUCUUGUCGCACAAAACGGCAAGAAACUACCGCUGCAGUCUGUGUUGCGAUCUUUGCUUGGCGGUAAAGAACAACACCAAUCCCGUUAUGAGCAUUGGCAAUUUGACCACGGAUGCUGCAUGGAAGCGCACAAUUUGCUUUGUGGACCCCAUGGAUCCUUCACCGUGGAUGCAAGUUCCAGGUUUCAAAAGCAAAAAGUGUAGGUUGCUGGACAUUUUACAUAUCGUGCACCUUGGAACCUUGCGAGGCAUUAUACCUUCUUGUCUCAUUGAUGCUCUGGAUGAUGGCACUUUGGCACAAUUCUAUGGGUUGCAAGGGCAGAAUGACGAUCUCAUUUUAUACCGGAUGAGUCAACACGCACACAAAUGGGCAAAGGAUCAGGGAUUGGACUUGUACGUGGGAACCCUGAACCUCCACAGACUUGGACUGGACAACCGAAAAUGGCCCUUCCCUGUGCUGGAUUCACGAAUCAAAGCAGCCCGAUGCAGAACUUUAUUUGCAUUUGUGACCUGGUUGAUGACACGACUUGCUGCAUACCCUUGCCAAACACAAGAGCAACAGCUGAAUUCAAGGGUUCGUGCUGUUUGCUGCUGGACGCUAGACUGCGCGCUUAGCAUUUUCAACAAGAACAAAAAAAUCAAGAUGAGAGCAUCCAUCGUGAAGCAGACUGUGUGGCUAUGCAGGAUGCAUUCAGCAUGUUACCAGUGGCUUGGCGCGCGCUGCAUUGUGCAGAAACGUCUUCUGUACAAGGUUCGUCCAAAAACCCAUUACUUUACGCACAUGGUCGACCACUAUGAAGAAACUGCUUUGUGUUUGCUACACUUGUCGACAUUUGGAGAUGAAGAUUUCAUGGGCAAAGUUCGCCGCAUUGCUCAGUCGUGUCACGGGCAAACUUACAUGCAUGCCUGGGCAAGGCGUUAUGUUCUCAAACGUGCCAUGCAAUGGUCUGAGAUGCGAGAAAAGGAAAAAGCGCGUUUUGUACCAGGUUCCUACAAGCUCGUGCGACGUGAAAGUCUUCCACCCAACUUUCAAGCUGCCAUUCAGGUUCCAGAUUUCUUGAAAGGUGUGGAACAAAACAGCAGAGACGUCAUCUUGCUGUCCAAACUGUACAUGGCUUCAAAGAACCUUUCGCAGGCACCCAUCGUUUUCCUUCCCUGGGCAUGGCUCUGCAAGCUCAGCCCGCGGCCUUGUGACAUUCCGAUUCCCAGGCACAAAUUCUCCGAACGCCAGAGCAAGGAGUUCCAGAAAACUGCCGAGCUCAUGAAGCAGUGGGAUUACAUGAAAGCUCACAACUACCUGAUGGAGCUGGUCAUUAACAACCGCCAUGGCCGAGCCGAUUCUUGGAUCUUGCCCGUGAUUCAUUGGGUUUUCUGCGGCCGUCGUGGACAUUCUGUCCGUGAAGAUGAUUUAGGACCUCAGUUGGAUUUGGGCUUUGCCUUCACUGGGCCUUUGGAGAUUGCUGUGGUGCCAGAGACCAAACGCACGUCUUCGGCGCCUGCUGGUUCUUCAGUGCAAGGCGCUCCUCUUGGAUCAGCUGCAAUUGAGAAGGGAUGUCCUCCAGGACAACAUGCUGAAGCUGCACCGGCUGCACCUCGACCUGCUCCUGGCGCCGUUUGCUUUGCUGCAGCUCCAAAGGCAGCUGCUAAGAGAGCCCCCAGGGCAGCUGCCAAGACAGCAGGCUUGGUCGAAAGUGACAAGAAAGGCGUCUGGAUUUUGAAGCCCGCAGUGUAG